AUUCAGUUGACAUUAAUUAAUUUCCAUUAUAUAUAGGUAGAUCUUACCCCAGUGCUUUCAGAGGAUGACAUCCCGGAUUCUAGCGGUUUUCCUGCUCUGGGUCACUGUCUCACAACUAAUAAGUUGUGAAAAAUACCCCGAGGAUGCAGAGACCGCAUUGAAAAUCUUUCAAAUGUGGAAAAAGGAGCACAACAAAGAGUACAGAAAUCAGGAAAUAGAAGGCAGAAAAUUCAAGGUCUUCAUGGAAAAUCUGAAAGUCAUAAACGAACUCAACGUUAUGUUUGAGGGGAAGACGGUCUUUGGCUUGAACCAUCUGGCAGAUUUAAGUCAAAAGGAAUUUUCCAAAACAGUAUUAAUGCCCAAAAGAAGGGCGCCAGUUUUUGAAAAAGAAAGAUAUGUAAGGAGCUCAAGGUCUGGAUCUCUCCCUGACUCAUUCGAUUGGUCAACCCAAAACAAAGUCACAGCAAUCAAGGAUCAAGGUGCUGCCGGGUCAUGUUGGGCUUUCAGCGCUAUUGGUAACAUAGAGGGACAAUGGGCAAUGAUGGGGAAACCUCUGACCAACUUUUCUGUGGAGCAGAUUGUGGAUUGUGAUGGGAUGGAGGAUGUCCCAAAGGGUGAGGCGGACUGUGGAGUUUUUGGAGGUUGGCCCUUUCUAGCGUAUCAGUAUGUCAUGAAAGCGGGAGGUUUGGAAACCUGGGAAGAUUACUGGUAUUGUUCCGGUCUAGGUGGCGCUCCAGGCACAUGUGAGGUUUGCCCCGCCCCUGGCUACAACACAACACUCUGUGGCCCACCCAUACCCUACUGUAAUAUGAGUCAAAGCUGUGUCACAAAAUUAGACGUCAGCAAGUUCCACCCAGGCUUAAAAGUAAUGUCCUGGAAAGCUAUUGAUGAGAAUGAGACAUCAAUUGCUGAGCAGCUCAUAAAGCUGGGACCAUUGUCUGUGGCCCUUAAUGCUGAGCUUCUUCAGUUUUACCAUCAUGGAAUCUUUGAUCCGCCAUCCUUUGUCUGUAACCCAAAAAGUUUGGAUCAUGCUGUGUUGCUGGUGGGUUUCGGAACAGAAAAAUCUAUUUUUGGAACCAAAGACUAUUGGAAAAUCAAAAACUCGUGGGGUCCUAAGUGGGGUGAGAAGGGUUACUUCCGAAUGCUACGUGGACAAGGGAAAUGUGGAAUAAAUACUGCAGUGACCACCGCCGUAUUGGAUCAAAAUUAGCCAUCUCGUGUUAUCGCUCUUGCUCAAAAUACAUUUCGCUAUAUGAUAAUUGUGCCAUGAUGUAACUUUGUUCAGAAAUAGUUUUGUAGCAGAUAGAAAUAGUAACUGGCAGAUGUGUAUGUGUAUUAAAUUGAAAAAUAUAUUUUAAUAUAAAGUGUAAAAAUUCAGGAUACUUAUUCCUUUUUGCAAAUGAAGAAACGUUAAACUGUACCUUGUGUAUAUACUUGUAUUAUGUAUUAUUGGGGACAACGUGCUUUUAACAGAAAUAAGUGUCUCAGGAAUUAAAACAGUCUUUAAUAAAUAUAUUUCUAAAACAUACUAACUAUAUGGAAAGUCAUUCAUGUUGAGUUUAACCAAUGAUAUAGUUUUACAAAUUUCUGUUUAUAAUAAACUUGUUUGUACAUGUA